AUGGAGAAUGACCUGAAACCUGCCAGAGGAGCAGAAAACAGGGAAGGGGUGAGGAGGACCAUCACUGAGCCACCACGUGUGCCACUCCACAACAGGUCUUCUUCCUACUCCUUGUCCUUCUUCCACCAGAUCUCUGCUGAUAAGAAAAACCUGGGGAGGUUCUGUGGGCAAUUGGGUUCUCCACUGGGCAACCCCCCAGGAAAGAAGGAAUUUAUGUCUCAAGGGAACAAGAUGCUGCUGACUUUCCACACGGACUUCUCCAACAAGGAGAAUGGGACCAUCAUGUUCUACAAGGGCUUCCUGGCCUACUACCAAGCUGUGGACCUUGAUGAAUGUGCUUCCCAGAGCAAAUCAGGGGAGAGGGACCCCCAGCCCCAGUGCCAGCACCUGUGUAACAACUACGUUGGAGGCUACUUCUGUUCCUGCCGUCCAGGCUAUGAGCUUCAGAAGGACAGGUAUUCCUGCCAGGCUGAGUGCAGCAGCGAGCUGUACACGGAGGCAUCGGGCUACAUCUCCAGCCUGGAGUACCCCCGGUCCUACCCCGCUGACCUGCACUGCAACUACAGCAUCCGGGUAGAGCGGGGCCUUACCCCGCACCUCAAGUUCGUGGAGCCUUUUGAAAUUGAUGACCACCAGCAAGUACACUGCCCCUAUGACCAGCUACAGAUCUAUGCCAACGGGAAGAACAUUGGCGAGUUCUGUGGGAAGCAAAGGCCCCCUGAAUUUGACACCAGCAGCAAUGCUGUGGAUCUGCUGUUCUUCACAGAUGAGUCGGGGGACAGCCGGGGCUGGAGGCUGCCCUACACCACCGAGAUCAUCAAGUGCCCCCAGCCCAAGACCCUAGACGAGUUCACUGUCAUCCAGAACCUGCAGCCUCAGUACCAAUUCAGUGACUACUUCAUUGCUACCUGCAAGCUAGGCUACCAGCUCAUAGAGGGGAACCAGGUGCCACACUCCUUCACAGCUGUCUGCCAGGAUGAUGGCACAUGGCAUCGUGCCAUGCCCAGAUGCAACAUCAAGGACUGUGGGCAGCCCCGAAAUCUGCCUUAUUACACCACCACAAUGGGGGUGAGUACCUACAAGGCCUGUAUCCAGUACUACUGCCACGAGCCAUAUUACAAGAUGCAGACCAGGGCUGGCAGCAGGGAGUCUGAGCAGGGGGUGUACACCUGCACAGCACAGGGCAUUUGGAAGAAUGAAAAGAAGGAAGGGAAGAUUCCUCGGUGCUUGCCAGUGUGUGGGAAGCCCGUGAACCCCGUGGAACAGAGGCAGCACAUCAUCGGAGGGCAAAAAGCCAAGAUGGGCAACUUCCCCUGGCAGGUGUUCACCAACAUCCACGGGCACAGGGGCGGGACCCUGCUGGGCGACCGCUGGAUCCUCACGGCUGCCCACACCCUGUAUCCCAAGGAACACGAUGCACAAAGCAAUGUCCCCUUGGAUGUGUUCCUGGGCCAUACAAAUGUAGAAGAGCUCAUGAAGCUGGCAAGUCACCCCAUCCGCAGGGUCAGCAUCCACCCGGACUACCGUCAGAAUGAGUCCCACAAUUUUGAGGGGGACAUCGCCCUCCUGGAGCUGGAAAAUAGUGUCACCCUGGGUCCCAACCUCCUCCCCAUCUGCCUCCCUGACAACGAGACCUUCUAUGACCUGGGCUUGAUGGGCUACGUCAGUGGCUUUGGGGUCAUGGAGGAGAAGAUUGCUCAUGACCUCAGGUUUGUCCGUCUGCCCGUAGCUAAUCGAGAGGACUGUGAGACCUGGCUCCGGGGAAAGAAUAGGAUGGAUGUGUUCUCUCAAAACAUGUUCUGUGCUGGGCACCCAUCUCUAAAGCAGGAUGCCUGCCAGGGGGAUAAUGGGGGCGUUUUUGCAAUAAGGGACCGGAACACUGAUCCCAGGAUCCCUUCUAGCCCCUUCUGGGCUGGUCCAAUUUGAAGUAGGUUCCUUCGCUUCAACUCCUCUUGACCACUGGACAUUGUCUUUCCUCCCUGGCAUGAGCUGCUGACCCACCAGCCCAUUUUCUUCCGACCAAAGAAAAGUGACAAUUUACCUUCUUUAAAAAGCUAACUAUUUUCCUGAGUUUCAGAAGAAGCGGACGUAUGUUCCCAAGUAACUUGCAAGGUACUAUGAUGGAUACCCUUUAAACACAAUGAAUGACUUUCUAGCCCCUCUAGGACCUGGUGACGAGCUCUUCCCAGCUCUGAAGUCUCUGAUGGUGAUUCAUUUAGAUCUUCCCCCUGCCAUUCACCCAGAGAAAUGACCUUGCAGCACAGUCAACGAUCCAAAACCCAUACCCGUCACGCUGUACAAGGCGGCAGCAAAGAGGGAAAU